AUGCGCCCGGGUGGGUUUGGGAGUGAGGGGGUGGGAAGAGGGGUUUGUGGUGCCACCGUGAAGCUCCAGACGUUCUGCCAGUGGUACGAUGCGCAAGACGCAGACCAUGGUUUGGCGGUACAGGAUAUCGGGGCUUAUCAGGAUAGAGCUCCCCGGGCAGAUGGUAAGAUGGAUAUAUGGAUGCUAGUAGAGAGAGUAGCUCAGUCACUGAGAAAGAAGGGAACAGAGAGAAGUGGGAUCAAGUCGUCACUCGGUGCGGAAGCCGGAAGUGGAAUGAGAAGCACAAAAUCCGGAAAGGAGAGGAGGAGAUCCUCCAAGCGGGGCAGGGCGGAACAGACUGACUGCAAAGGUCAUACAACACCACCAGCUACCCCUCUCUUCCUCCUGCCGGCAAAAUAG